AUGAACUAUAGCGACUCCAUCUGCAUCAAAGUGGUUAUUGUGCCGUUGUUGUUCAACUUGAGGCUAAGAAGUUUCGCUUUGAUCGCAGACGACAUCAUGGACAACUCAGAGAUACGGAGAAACGCCCCCUGUUGGUACAGGACCGAAGGUGUCGGCAACAACGCAAUGCUCGACCUUGUCGUCUUGGAAAACAGCGUGUAUUCCGUUUUGAAGAAGUACUUUUCUGAUCACCACUCGUACGUGCAGAUUGUCGAGUUGUUUCAUGAUGCCUCGACAAAAUCGGCCAUGGGAAAAUCUCUGGAGGGGAUGCUGAGGAAGAGUGGUUCCCCGGACUUGAAUCAGUUCACCAUGAAAAAUUACGAUUUGAUUGUCAAGUACAGAAGUGGGUUCUUCAGUUUUCAAUUGCCUGUGGGAAAAGAUUUCCUGAACUGUUUUGGUACUUCUGGAGUGGACGAUAAAGUUGGAUCUGAUAUAAACGAAGGAAAAUGUUCUUGGUUAGCCGUGGUUGCUCUCCAAAGAGCCAAUGAUGAACAACGCCAAAUAAUGGAGCAAUAUUACGGAAAACCAGGAGAGAAAGCUGUCGAGAAAAUUAGAGACUUUUAUACUGAACUUGGACUUCCAGCUACAUUUGCUGGAUAUGAAGAAGAAAAUUACAAAAUAAUCACUACACAUAUUCAACAAAUUUCUAAAGGAUUGCCGCAUGAGCUUUUCUUUGGCCUGUUGAAUAAGAUGUAUCAAUAUAAUCGAUAAGGCAUGAUAAGGUAUCAUCAUAAAUGAUUGUUAUUGUUACUCAGGUUUGAAUAAUUUUACCGUAUACACUGAAAUUUUGGUUUUGUUAAAUGAUUCCUAUUUUUAUAGACAUUAAAUUUGUUUUUCUACAUGAA